GGGGAGGGAAGAGGCCGCAGAAGCCGGAGCCCUGACCCCCCGGCGGCUGCGGCGGCGCCGGUGAGUGAUCCGUGGCCCGACUCGGUCCCCACCCUCUGCGACCCUCACUCUUCCUGGAGUCCCUCCGUAGCCUUCGUUGUUUCCUGAUCCCGGACCUGCGUUAUCCCCAGAGCCCCCACAAUCCCCGCGGACCCUGAUCGCUAAUAUUUUACCGUCCCAGCUCUUCCACUAACCCAGGAGCUCCCACCUCAGCAUUAUUCCUGGACGUCCCUUUUCACGGCCCUUCGGUCUUCCAGACGCCCCGUUGCCCCCGGAACCCCCAGAGCGCCCCUCUACUCCAGAUCCCCUCUUCUUGCUGCAUUGCCCCUUCAAGAUCUCCUUACCCCAUGCCGCUUGGGCUCCCGAGACACACCCGUUCUCCUUCCAUUUCCUACUCUCCUAAGCCCCUAUUCUCGUCUAACUCCUGCAGACACCUCCUCCUCUUCCACUUUUCCUCAUUUCCCUCCAUCCUUCCAGACCCUCCCCCAAUUUCCAUCAACUCCUUGGCGUGGCACUUUGCGCCGCGCCGCGCACAGCGCAAGAUGAGCACUCAGCCGCUGUCAGCUAUUCUUAGGCUCUUCCGACUGUCCCCAGCAGCCCAUCGCCCGCUCCAGGCCCCGUGCCCUGUCCCCACCCCUGCCCCAGGGAUGUAGGAGCCGGUGUCCGAGCGGCCGGGUCGGGGCUGCGGCGCGGGGACGCCGAGCCCCCGCCAGAGUCGUGCGCCCUUUGCCCGCAGCGCCGGCGCCCCCCAUGCGCCAGGUGGCCGGACGGCGGCGUUGGGGGGCGCCAUGGCCUCGGCGGCGGCGGGCGAAGCGGAGGAAACCACCCGGCUGCGCAAGCCGCGCUUCUCGUUCGAAGAGAACCAAAUCCUGAUCCGGGAGGUGCGCGCCCACUACCCGCAGCUCUACGGCGCGCAGAGCCGUCGGGUGAGCGUGGCAGAGCGGCGGCGUGUGUGGGACGGCAUCGCCGCCAAGAUCAACGGCAUCACCAGCUGGAAGCGCACGGGCCAGGAGGUGCAGAAGCGCUGGAACGACUUCAAGCGCCGCACCAAGGAGAAGCUAGCCCGCGUGCCGCACUCCACGCAGGGCACCGGGCUCACUGCCGAGGACGCCUUCUCCGCGGAAGAGGAGACAAUUUUUGCCAUCCUGGGGCCGGGUGUGUCGGGGCCAGGGGCUGGUGCUGGGGCCGAGGAGCCCCCUGCGGCCCCCUCCUCACAGCCACCAGCUCCAAGCGCCUGCACUCAGCGCUAUGUGUUGUCUGAGGACCGCAGGGAGGACCGCCGUGCAGAUACACCAGCCCACAGCAAGGGGGGCUCCAGCAGCCCGGAAUCCUGGGCGCGGCCCUCCUGCAAUCCCCAGGAAGGGGGCUGCCCACGGUCCAAGGAGCGUGAGUCCCCGCCCCCUGCAGCCCUGCAGACGGUCCAGCUGCCCCGCCUGGCCUUGUCUCCACCACCCCCAGCCCCUCCACCUCCACCCCCACCACCUCCACCGCUGGCCCAAGUGGCACCCUCACCCCCCAGCCCCCCGCCCCCUCCUCGGCCUCUGCCCACGCUCUCAGCCCCAGACCCCUCCCUGGACUUCCUGCGAGCCCAGCAGGAGACUGCCAACGCCAUCCGGGAGCUGGCUGGCACCCUUCGACAGGGACUGGCCAAACUGAGCGAGGCCCUCAGCGCCCUGCUGCCCCUUCUGCCAGGAACCCCAGUUGACCCUCUGCCCCCACCUCUGCCCCCACCCCCACCUCCCCCCCCACUUCCCAGGCCAGUCCUGCCCUCACCUGCUCCCAAGAUGGAGAUCACCCCAGAGCCUGUGUCUGUGGUGGCUACUGUUGUGGAUGGGGCUGUGGUGGCAGCCAGGGGGGUGAUCAUCUCCCCUAGGAGUGAGGAGGGGGCAUCCCGUCCACCUCCAGCCCCACUCCCUCCCCACGACUCACCCCCACACAAGAGGAGAAAAGGUUUCCCUACACGGAAGAGGCGGGGCCGAUGGAAAUCUCCAUGAAAUCUACUGUCUACGCUCCUUCUGCCUGCACCCCCUCAGCUUGGCGCAGUCGAGGGGGGCGACGCUCCUUGCCCAUCCCAGCUGCACCCUGGCACCCUGCUCCAGGGGCGUGAGCACCCCACUCCCUGUGCUAGUUAGUGCCUGAUUCUCUGGGGGGCCUCAUGGAUGGGCGCCCCCAGCCCCUUUCUCUGGUACAGUGCUGUCUGCCUGGCUGCCUCCCUUGACCCUGACUUCUAAGCCAUCAGUUUUAUGUUAUUUAUUAUUGCCCUGUGUAGGGUGCGGAGGGAACCUCUCGGGUCUGCACACACCCCCUUCCCUAACAAUUCCUGUUCUUGACUUGAAGACAAUUGACCCGUGGAGCCUCCGCAACCCAGACUUUGGAAGGCGGGUGGGAGUUGCGAGACAAAUCAAUAUGGAAGAAGAGGAUUAACGGUCUAUACCCUGGGGAGAAGGCCGGUGGAGUUCUUAUUGGGGAGGUGUAGGUUGGGUCCUCUGCCUCCCAAUGCCAUCUCACUUGCAGAGCUCGGCUCCCUCCUUUCUCCCCAGUGGUGACAAGAUAUCAAUAAACUUAUUUUUAAUACAA